AUGAACAGUGUUUUGAGCUUCUGGAAUCGGACGGUUGAUGGGCCGAUAGACACUGAUACUACUAAUUCUUUGAAAGAUUCCCAACUGAGGUCCUUGUUGGAGGAGUUUCUGGCCGAUAGUGUUAGCUUGGUGUCCAUAGUGAACUGCACAGGCCCUCAGAAUGUUGAAGGACGCCCGUUGAUCCUGAUGGACCCUUCGUUUAUGGACACCCAGAAUAUGCCAAUGACCUCGAACGCAAGCCAUGACGAGGUACUUGUUCAAUUGAAGAAAGUCACCACUACUGGCGAAUUCCCCUUUGUUUUGUUCCCGAUCAAGAUCAGCGAUUCAGCAUGGUGUGUUGGGAUGUUGGACACGCACCCCAAAUCUGGGAUCCCAGAGCUUGUUCUCGUCUGUUCUGAAUUUGACCAAAUCACCCCUGACAGAGUUGAGCUGAUUAAGGAGUUCACAGCUUCUUUGGUCUCUCUGUUGAGGAUUGCUCCGACAACAUCGCUAAGAGUUCGCAAACUUCGGUUCGAAGACGCUUUCUUCGCUGCGGAGAGUCAAUUGGUGACAAUAUUGCUGAUUGCUAAUAUCAUAUGUGACUAUUCAAAGCAGUCAAGCCAAUUCUUUACUGCUAUCGUCAAUUCCAAGACGGACCCCACAGUUGAAGUUACAUUCACUGAUUAUCGCAAGCAAUUCGAUACGUUGGUCGGAUCACUUGGAACUGGCACAUUCAAUGGAAUUCCUCCUUCUUCCAACACCGAGCUACGCUUUAUACAAGACGUUCAAGACUUCAGCAACUACACCCGCAAUCUUGACGGGGACAGGCUGAUCUUCCCUGAGAGUGUAUUGAAACUGGUGGAGGAAUCAGGAAUUGUCGAAAGAUUCACUAGAGAUUUUGUCGAUACCACGUCUGUUGUGAAGUUCAUCUCUGUCCAAGCCAAGGAGGAUUCAAAGCACGUUCAGUUGACGGAUUGGCUCUAUGCUCUGUUGACACAAUUUCCUAGUGCCGUGCCAGUUGACGAGACAACGGAUGUCCAAUCCAACGAGUUUGAACGCCUAAAAUUCAAGAAGAGGGAUUUCAUCGAUUUCAUAUGUACGUUUUCAGGAAUUGAUCCAUCAUUGGUUUUCAAUGAACUGAAAAGCGUUAGUGCAUCGAGAAGACUGGAGCGUAAGAUGUCAGAUGCCAGAUUCCACUAUGUUAGAUCCAAGAGAAACCCCAAACUAAUUUGGAGAGUGAGGCCCAAUAAGAAAGGUGCACGCCCUUCUUUAUCGAUGAUUAUCAACCCACGUGAUCUGAUCAACUACUGCUACUAUGGACAUGCUGUUCUUACUAAGCAUGGCUCAGUCAAGAGAUCUUACGAUGCUAUAAAGCACAUUGACAACGUGACAAGAAACAUGGUCUGGUUUGUGUGCUCCCAUUGUAAAGCGUGUAACUACACUUCUAUGCCAUUAACCCUUACCAAUAGGUCUGGGAACAUCACACAGCCGUUCCAGAAGCUGUGUAUUGAGGUUGUUGAAAGCAAAAAAGACGACUACAAAUGGAUAUUGCUUGUUUGUGAUGAAUAUAGUCAGUUUAUCUGGUUAUUCCCCUUGAGAAAUAAGAGUUACAGCCAAAUCAGAGACACUUUGAUGAUCUUCUUCAACUCCAAUACAUUUGUCAGUGAAGAGAUUCAAACGUCGACUCUACGUACUAUAAUGUCACAACUUGUGAAGGCUGAACUUUCUGGGAAAGUCGGCAUUUCAACUGAUAGCUAUGCUCCUUCUUCUACAGUUGGAAUAUUGAAGGAAGAAUUAGAGAAAUUACACUCAACAGACAGUCAGGAACCAUGGCCAGUAUACCUUUCGUUGUUAUCAAAUCAACACAAUACAAACAUGAGAGGAGGAUCACUGGAAAAUACACCGGUAUCCCUACUGUUUUCUCAUGGUCGUGCUUCUAAGAUGCCGUUUAGAAUGACCUGA